AUGACAAGAAGAGUUCAAGAGCCAACACUAACAUGCUACAAAUCUUCUCAAUUUGCAGUAGAAGGGAAGUUUAAAAGUGUUGAUUAUGAGGAGCCGCCCGCCUAUUUACGGAUUCUGAAUGAAAAGGGAGCAGUGAAGUUGAGUAGAGGAAUUCAGAUGGAUGAUCGUAUCACUUUGAGUUUCUCGCUGAAAGUAUCAAAACCAGAAAACGGGAAAAUGCAUAUUCUGCCUGGUCGAAUUAGAAUAGGAACAACAACGAAUUAUUCAUUUGUUAUGGAGUGUGCCAUUUCGGACAAGGAAGCGAAUCAAUGUAAAUCAAAAUAUCCGGGAUCUGACCAAGUUGUGAAAACGAUUUUAAUGGUAGGAGAAAUAAAACCACAGAUCACAGUCGAAUACUUUGGUACCGUCACUUUUGAUUUUCUCGAUAAAAGAGUAGACAUAUGGAGUCGAUUCAAAACCCAACGCCCUGAUGACAAAACAAUCUUGAUUCCAUCUAAUUUUUCGUAUAUCGGAAUCAAUGAGAUUUCCGUUGAAAAUGUGAUCGUUAGCAGUGUGGAACACAGCAAGAAGUGUAGUGCAAUGGAAGAAUAUCAAUUCGAAUCGAAGCGUUUAGAGGAAGGAGAGAUGCCAAAACUGCUGAUCGAACGGAAAGACUUUCCUGCUCCACGAAGAUCUUUGGGUAAUCAGUUCACAUUUCCGGUGCCAGAAUCUCGUUUCGAUUAUUUUAACAUCGAGAGCUCCGAGCAAAACUUAUGGAUAGUCGAUGUUCGGCUAUUUCAGGAUUUUAAGAGUAGAGCUUCUAACAAUUCCGUUAUGAUUAACUUCUGGAAUCGAAAUUCUAGCAAUUCGGCAUUUGCUUUCAUUCUUGGACAAAUCUCGUUCGAUGUGAUAUAUCCGGAGAAUGGGAAAAACAAAUCAAUCCCUCUCAAUAAAAAGUUGAAUAUGCCGAAACUAAAAGGCCAUCCACCUAUGGAUUUUCGAUUCAAAAUUUCUCAGAGUUUGACUGACAUGACCGUAUUGCUGACUUUUUCUCAUACAGGACACAGUUUUUCGGACACGGUUUCAUUGCCCCUCCCCCGCCAUUUCGAUGAAAUUCGUCUGAAUACUGGGGCUGGUAGGUUUUACGACGUGAAGAUGAAAUCGUUGAGAGAGGUGACAGUGAUGACGUGUAACUAUAGAAACUUGGGAGUUGAAGUAUCGGAGGAAGAAGUGCCAUUUAGGCCGAAUUGCUUUCGGAAGCGAAAUAUUUUGUGUCAAAAAGACGCAGUGGAUCUUGAAGAUGACGCGCCGAUACCAGAUGAACCUGAAGAAAAAUAUAUUUGGAAAAAAGGAGAAAAAGGGGAAUUGGGAAACAGUGCAGAAGAAUCUGAAACUUCUGAAGGAACUCCGAAGAAGAAAAAGGUCGAGAAACUAGUUGCUGGGAAAAUCGAUGAAGAUAUCCAUAUUGAAAAUAUUGAAGGAUUCCAAUGGAGCAUAAUCGUCUUGACUACUCUAACCGUCACCUUCAUCACUGCUAUCCUGAUUCUGAAUGUUCUCCGUAGUUGGCUAUGA